AUGAAGGCCUGGCAGUAUAAUAGCACAAAAGGCGGAAUCGAGAAGAACCUGCAGAUCAACGACGCCGCACCUCAACCUACGCUUCACGAUGAACAGGUUCUCGUUCAAGUUCACGCCAUGGCGAUCAAUCCCGUCGACCAUAAGGUGACCGAAGGUCCAAUGCCACUGCGACUUGUAGGCUCCGACAUCACCCCGGGUGCGGACUUUUGCGGCAAAGUCGCCAAAGUUGGAAAGAAGGUCGACGAAUUCCAAAUCGGCGAGUUUGUGUUUGGCGCAAAAGUCGGUGCGCUGACGGGAGGGAGUUUGGCGCAAUAUGUGGCUGUGGAGAGAAAUAUGUUGGCGACAUUACCAGAGGGCGUGAAGGUCGAGGAUGCAGCUGGUGUGGGGAUCGUGGGGUUGACUGAAUAUCAAGCCAUCGCACCAAACGUAAAGAGCGGCGACAAAGUCUUCAUCAACGGCGGCUCGGGCGGCACGGGUGUAUAUGGCAUCCAGAUCGCAAAAGCGCUUGGUUGCCACGUUACCACGACGUGCUCAACACCCAACGUCGACCUCUGCAAAAGCCUGGGCGCAGACGAAGUCAUCGAUUACAAAACCUCUGAUGUCAUUGAUACUCUUUCUUCUAAGGGUCAGGUUUUUAGCCUUGUAGUCGAUAACAUCGGCACGCCAUCUAACCUCUACAAAGCUGCAUCUUCCUAUCUUAUGCCAGCAGGAAAGUUCAUCCAGAUCGGAUCAACGUUGAGCAUGGAUAGCAUGAAGACAGUGGGUUCGAAUAUGCUGCUACCAGGUUUUCUGGGUGGUGGAAAGCAUAGCUAUCAGAUGCUGAUGGCGAAGCCGUCGGCGGAUGCGCUGAGGCAGCUUGGAGAGUGGAUGAAGGAGGGUAAGCUGAAGGGCAUUGUUGAUACAGUAUUUGAUUGGGAAGAUGCGCCGAAAGCCUUUGAGAAGCUGAAGACGGGGAGGGCGAGGGGUAAGAUCGUUGUCAAGGUGCCGCAAGACAAAGCUAAAGAGAAGGCUGAGGUUGGAGAUGCUUGA